AUGUUCACUGGGACGUGCUACUCAUCCAGGAGGGUUUGCUGGGAGGGGCGGCUGGCGACUGCAGCGUUGGUUGUCCGAGUUUCCAGUGUCAACAACAUUCUGUGCUGUUUGCCCCCGGGAAGGACGGCGUGCACGGCGCAUGCAUUGUGGUACAUUCCAGACAUGAUGGUCAUAUGGUUUCUUGAUUACCACGUAUCUACACUGACAGCGGAAGAGGCUUUUUAUUGGCAUCAGCUUAUUUUCGGCAGCGUGCGCACGGGAUGGAAGUGUUCCAGGACCAGCUGGAUGACGUGCAGAAGGCGCUCCGGAACCAUCUUUUCCCCGGCGACGUCCUUUUUUUAG